AUGAACGGUGACGCCCCCAACGGCGGUCCAGGCUCGCCUGAGUAUGCUCGCGGGCCCACAGUAGCCUCGCAGUGGCCAGCAGACGUGGAUCUGGAUGCGCUGUACCUUUCGGAACGUGCCGAGGUGGACGAACUUGUGCGCAGCGCCUCGGACAUGAGCGUCUGGGCUAUUGAGAACCGCAAGGACAAUGCAAUGGUAUACCUGCACUCCAAGAACAGUGAGAGGCUCUCCUACUCCGUGCGCGCCGUCGCCAAAGUUGCAGGCUCUGUGCCUGACGUACUUGAGUGUCUGCGCGCCGUGGACAACACGAGCUUGAAGGGCUUCCAAAAGCUACUUCACUCACGCAACUUCUUGGACGGAGAGGUAUUGCACGCGCACCAGGCAGACGCCGGGACAGUUCACAACGGGGCCUCCAUCGAGUCAAUGACGCUGAAGUGGCUCGUAUACUCGUCUCCCAAGACUCUUGGGCGCUCCAAGGAGUUCUGCAUCCGAGAAUAUUGUGUCCUGCUGCCCAACCAUCCGGUACACGGUAAUGUGGGUGUGCUUAAGUUCGAGUCGUAUGACGGUGCGGCGGCACGCUACGGCAUCCGAGGUAAGCCGGAUGCUUACAGCUUGACAGUGUUUGAGCCGAGCUCCUACGUGGUACAUCAGACCCCAGAAGAUCCAAACAUGUGCAACGUCACGCUGACGUUUGCGAUGCGUAAAGCGCGAGGAGGAGAAAGUGUUUCUGCUGGAGUUCGACUCACUUCUCUGAGACUUGCGGGAGACCUGUCGGGUAUGCAAAAAGCGGUGCAACAGGCACUGUUCGCUCCUGCGGCGCUUGCGCAACGACAGGAAUGGGUGAAUGACGCCCAGCGCACCAAUUGCUCGCUUUGUGUACAGUCGUUUGGAAUGUUAAAGCGACGUCACCACUGUCGAGUAUGCGGUGAAGUGGUAUGCUCGGCUUGCACCGUGUUUAAGAUGGUCAAGGGGGAUCAGGAUGUGGCGGCGAAAGUGCGUGUUUGUAAGGCAUGCUUGGCGAAGAGUGGUAGCUCAAACGGUGCGGGGAACGCGAACUUUGGAAGCACUUUGAUUGGCGGAUUUUCGAACCCGUCGUCUCGAAUGGUCAGCAGCAACGGCACGGAGCUAGAGAUGAACGGCGGCACUGGUAUGACACCACUUCCGCAUGGCAUGGGCGUUGGUACUAGCAUCAGUAGUACGAGCUCGCUGACUUCGGAUGAGUCGUACAGCCCACCUAACGAAAAUCCAGCCUCGUCGACUCCUCCAACGAUGCAGUACAACAACGGGUCCGCCUUAUCGUUAAAUGACUUUGACGCGACUACGCAAAUGAGUGAAGAUGGAGGUAGCAGCCCGCCUCCUCUCCACAGACAAACUUCAUCAACUUCAAGCCAAGGGAGAGGGACGGGUUACGAAGGUAGGCCGAUUGGUUCCAUGGGUAGAACCGCGUCCAAUGCUAGUAUUGCUACCAGCCGUAAGAAGAACUCGGAUCGUCGUAUCCAUUAUUUCAACGAGGACAUGGAGGAGAUCUGCAUGUUAGCUAUGGAGACAUUGACAUGUCCCAUGGCAGGCAUUCGCACCGAAGACUUUGAGCUCGUGAGGUAUUAUGACGGUAAGCCGGGACCAGGCCUCCCUCGAAGCCUGCCGACUUUUCGACGACUAGCAACCCGUGGCAAGCCGUGCAUUGUGCUCGACGUGAGCUCGGACAAGCGAAUUUCAGGCGAGAAACGCUUCACCGCGAAGUUGCAGUUCUUCGUCGGUAUUCCGUUGCUUGUCAACGGUGAAGUAGUAGGUGAUCUGUGUGUGGCAGAUCGUUACGCUCGUGACAACAUCGACCACAAACAGGUAGAGGUGCUCAAUGUGUUGGGCGAGACGGUGACCCAAUAUAUGCAGUCGGAAGAGUACCAGGAAGACCUGAUGGAAUUUAAAGCUACGCACGUGGCGGCUCGCCGACCUCCAACAAAUGGAUCUGUCUCCCAGUCAACAGACGAAGAAGCUAGCGCGCCGCCGGCAGGCACCAAGGAAGUUGCGUUUUAA